UAUCGCAAAAAGUACUCCGUAGUACAUAUCACCCUGAGAUUAAUUAUCAAGUCCCAAAUAAAAAAAAGGUCACAAUAAAAAACGGUUUCUUCAUCAUAUCACAUGUUUCUCUUCACCAUUUGUCUUUGCAUCCCGGCAAAUGUGAAAGCCGCCGAUCUGGUCAGCACCAUCUGCUCCGAGACACCGAACCAGAAAUUCUGUUCAGAUUUCCUGAAGCCAUUUAAUACACCCGGCACGACCCUUCUCGGCCUGGCCCAAAAAACGGUCGAGUCCAGCGUGACGUACGUGCGCCUGGUGUACGACGAGGUUCACGUCCGAGAAAUAGACACGAUGCUGAAGAACCACGAGUUGCACAAUUCCUUCAACAAGUGCGGGCUGGCGUACACGAAAGCCGUCAACGAUCUGAUCGACAUCGGAACAGCGCUGAAAUCCGGCGGCGGCGGCGGCGGUUACCGAACGGUGCAUUCUCUUGCGGCGAAUGCUGUGCAGGAGAUUGACACUUGCGACAAGCUUUUUACGCCGCCAAACGGCGAGCCGUUUGAUUUCAAGGAGCUGGCCGGAAAGGCUCGAUACGUUUGCAGCAUUGUUUUGGCCCUGGCUAACCAUCUCAUUGCCGGAAAAUUUUGAUUCAUAUAAUAAUGCUUUAUUACCCUU